CAGCAUGCCCUGCUCUCUUGGGGAGCUGCUGCGGGGAGCAAAGCUCACAGCCGACUUUUCUAAUCAGUCUGGCGUCAGUUUGGAGCCUGUUCACUUUUACUCUCUAAACACAAGAGCCAGGAAUGUGUCCGGGAGCCUGCAGGAUUGGGAGACCUAACAUGUUUUAGGGGAAUCCUGGGAUGUAACUGGGUCUAGGACGUGCAACUUGCAAUCAUGGAAACUGUUGUGAUCGUCGCCAUUGGUGUGCUGGCCACCAUUUUUUUGGCCUCAUUUGUGGCCUUGGUUGUGGUUUGCAGACAACGCUACUGUCGGCCUCGAGACCUACUCCAGCACUAUGACUCCAAACCAAUUGUGGACCUAAUCGGUGCUAUGGAGACCCAAUCAGAACCUUCUGAGUUAGAACUGGACGACGUUGUCAUCACCAACCCCCACAUUGAGGCCAUUCUGGAGAAUGAAGAUUGGAUUGAGGAUGCUUCGGGUCUCGUUUCUCAUUGCAUUGCUAUUCUGAAGAUCUGCCAUACUCUGACAGAAAAACUUGUUGCCAUGACGAUGGGCUCAGGGGCAAAGAUGAAGACUUCUGCUAGUGUCAGUGACAUCAUUGUAGUGGCCAAGAGGAUCAGUCCUAGAGUGGAUGAUGUAGUGAGAUCAAUGUACCCUCCGCUGGACCCUAAGCUUCUGGACGCCCGGACAACUGCCCUCCUUCUGUCUGUCAGUCACCUGGUGUUAGUGACCAGAAAUGCCUGCCACCUGACUGGGGGUCUGGAUUGGAUCGACCAGUCACUGUCAGCAGCCGAGGAGCACAUGGAAGUCCUCCGGGAAGCGGCUUUGGCCUCUGAGCCGGAGAGGGGCCUCCCAGGUGCUGAGGGCUUUCUACAAGAGCAGUCGGCCAUCUAGCUGUGGCUGGCUGGCCACGAGGGGCAGACCACCGGCACUCCGGUGAACCUUCAGUCUUUUUUUUUUUCUGUAGGAUUAGUUGGCUUGCUCAAGUGAAGAUUUGUGUAUAGGUGAGUAGGGCAGUAUGACCUACUGGCAUUUCAGCUACAAUGACCAUUGGUGGCCAGUGCCAACGUGUUGUACAGAUUACAGUGUCUGACAUUGGCCUUCACUUUUAGGGGUUGAACACUCUAGAAGUGAUCAUCUCCUCUUGGGCCCCAUGCCUACACAUUGGAUACGCUGCUACCAUCUGGAUUGUCAUACCUUGGCAAUGGCCUGGUGGUCUGCACAAUUAGAUUUUGUCUAGGUCUAGUUAACUGAGUUACAUUAAUAUAACAUAUAAUCCUGGAAAUAUGAAAGGAGGGGGCUCCCUCUCUGUCCAAAGAUGUGUCUGGCGAAUAACAGAAGAAUAAGCUGGUGGGAGAGGUGUGGGUGAGUUCUUCUCAGUCAUGGGCCUUAGGGGACUCAGAACUGAAACUGGAAGACCUUGAGGUCUCAAGGACAUAUAAUGGAGAAUCAGUCAUGGAAAAGUGGAUAGAGAGUUGGCUUUGGAGCCAGAAAGAACUGGGUUCAAGUCGUACCUCUGACAUGCAGGCAGGGUGACUCUGGGCAAGUCACUCAACAUCUCAGUGCCCCCGGCAACUCUCUAAGACUAGAAAUACCAAAAUAAUAAGAGGGAAUUUCCUCACAGGGAGUUCCCUAUACCAGUGAAAGGAAUAAAUAUUCAUUAAGCACUUACUCUGUGCCAAUAACUCUGCUAAGUACUAUAUCAAUGAAAUCAUAGGCUCAAUUAAAAACCCUUAUUCAAAACCAUGAAAACAGGCAAUUUAUCAAGCUAGGUAAGCCAUUUGCAGUCAUGGGCAUGGCCCAUCUUUCCCUGCUCUGCUCAGACGUUAGGAGGAGAGGAAUAUGUUCUCCCCAGUCACCCUGAAUACAUAUCUUAAAGCUGAACUUCUGGAGACCUUGUCCCUGCUCAGAAAUCUAGGUGAAGGCAAAGAGGGCAGAGUCACACCAUCUCUCUGGACUUAGUUGCCUUCUCUCUAAUAUGAAAGGAAUUGGACUGGAUGGCCUCUAAGGUACCUUCCAGCUCAAAAUCUAUUAUCCUGUAAGUCACUUAGCCUUCCUGGGCCUCUGUUUCUUUCUCUUUAAAUGGAAAGGGCUGGAUCAGGUAGCCUGUGAGGUCCUUUCCAGUUUUAAAUUUAUGAGACACAGUUCUAAGGCAAUUGACACAAUUCAGGAACAUUCAGGAGCCCCUUUCUUUGCUGAGAUCUGUCUGGCAAAUGACAAAGGAUCAGCUGGUAUGAGGGGUGUGGGUGGGUACUUCUCAGUCACUGAGCCUUAGGGGACUCAGAACUGAAACUAGAAGACCUCAAUGUCUCAAUAUUUAUUGCCAUUUUAUGGGGGAGUCCACAUUCUCCGGUCUGCUUAGAGCCUGUUUUCUGCCCUUGAGGAGAAUAAAAGGCAUUUCCUUAGCUCCCCACUCACUGGCUGGGGGACAGAACUGGUUCCGUACCAAACUCUACUAUUUACUGCAUGGAAGAUGGAAUCUGUCUCCUUAAUGUCUUGGCCCUAGGCUGAGUUGUCAAAACUAAGACCUGAUUCUGGGAGAUAAAGGCAAUUAUAGUGCCUUUUUCAGUGCCCCUAAAGGCCUUAGUGUCUUGGUGUUCCAGUUGGGAAGCAUGUUUUUAGGUGAUGGGAACUUCCAGACUGGUCCAUUGUUGAGGCUGGGGGAGGCCUUUACUGGGGUGAGAGGGAAGGAGAAAGGGAAGGUCCCUUACAGUCAUUCAUGUAAUACAAACUACCAAGUUACUCUGAUUCCUAUUGGUGAGCUAGGUUGGAUUUCGGCAUACACAGAGCCAAGUGCCUUUCAAGCUCAUAUUGGUUUGAGUUCCUGAGAUCCUCACUUCAGAGACACCUAUUUCUGGCUUUCUGAAGCUUGGGAUAAGUAGGAUCAACUUGGGGUGAUGAGACCAGUCAGGCCUGGGAAAGCUGUAAUGUUACAUUGGAUGUUGCCCUCUUUCUAUUACUUCUCAAUUACAUGCUUAGAUUGCUCUUAUUUGGUUUGGGCCCCCUGUUUGGGGGGAAAGCAUCCAAAACUCACUUUAGCUACAGUGUAAAUGAUUGCUAUCAGAUGAUCCAAGGACAUCUCAUUUUCAUUUUAAAAGAGAUUAGAUCCUUAAACUAAGAAAAACGAAAGUCUGACAUGGAAUUUCAGUCUUUAGCCAGUUAAUGGAAGAACUUGGGUGGGUGGGUGGGGCUUCUGGAAAUGAUACCCCACCCCACAAGCAUCAUACCUGUGGCAUCCACAUGUAAGAUCCUGAGUGCCAACACAACCAAAGCCACAUUGACUCACAACUGUGAAGGCUCUUAUUUCUCCAGAUGUACUGAACCUCUCUUCCCAGAUGUUACUCUCUUGUGUUCCCUGCUGAUGGAUAGUUUUGCUUUCAUUUUAUGUGUUGAACAAGUAGAAAUCCCUCAAUAAAAUGGAUGCUCCCACAUGA